UCGCGCGUGUGGUGGAUGAACACUGCUGCAAGUGGCAGCUGACCAAGGUAGCUUCAGAAUGCGGAAUUGUUGUUAAAUAAUGUGGUAAUAUUUCCUUAGCUUAGCUUGGUUAACUCAGAUGUAGUUUCACAAUCAGUAACUUGAUUACCUGGUGUUCUGAAGAUGAUCAAUACAGCAGGGUAAAGGUGUUCACUUCUUCAAUUUCAAGACUUUUGUUUGGGGUUGUGUAAACUGUAACUUCUUUAGUUAGCAGUCUCUGUGUAGUUCCUGAGGAGGUUCAAACAUGGCUUGGAUCAACACGAAUGGUGCGGAGCCAGACACAAUAGAUCCCGAUUCUGUAAUAACCGAGCUCCCAUUCACAGUCCUUUUGGCUCUUUCUGAAUAUUUAAACGUUGGUGACAGCAAAAUGAACUGGCGUGGUGUGAUAGCACAAAUUCCAGAGAAGAUUUUUAGCGAUGAUGAGGUUGAAGCCAUCGCAUUAUCAAUCCAUGAGUAUAACGGAAGUCCAGCUCUAAAACUCCUAAGGAAACUUGGUGGACAAGGAAGGUCUGUCAGACAGUUGAUCUCCUACUUGGAUAGGUUGAAUCAUGAAAAAUGUCUGAAACUCAUAAAAAAAACAGAAAGCCUUCGUCUUCUUCAAGUUCCGAUAUCUCAGACGGUGCAGUCUGGACCCGGUACCGUCGUGGUGUUUGCUUGCAAAGCCAGGGGUUUUCCAUACCCACAUUACCGCUGGUAUCAAGCAUUUGGUUUGGAUUCAUGCAAUCCACACAGUAGUAGUAAGAACGAGAAGGAGAAAGUUAGCCAUGAAGAAGUUCCUGGUGGAACUGACAGAGUCUUAAAGAUUUCUCCAGUCAGACUAAGCCACAGUGGAGCCUACUGUUGUCAGGUCUACCAUAAAAUCAACGGUAAAAUAAAACAGGUGUUUACUGAUUGGGCGUACCUCCAAGUCUAUCCACCAGCAAAAGAAGAUCUGGAGUUUUCGGACUCUGAUAUUGACUACCAGCUAAUGCAGAAGCCUACGAUUGUUCAGCAACCACCGGGUGCCCUUUCAGUACGCCCCGGUAAACCGAUCAUCGUCGAAUGCCGUGCGACUGGUUGCCCACAACCAAAGUACCAGUGGUAUAAAUUCGGCUACUUGACCCAUGGCGACCCAUUGGAACCUCAUGCUCUGAGAGAUCAACAGAAACAGACGCUUUAUUGGGCUCAAUCUACUGCUGAUGAUAAAGGGAUGUACCAAUGUAGAGUAUGGAAUAAGGCUGGCUGCAUCACCAGUAAGACAGUCGCCAUUACAGUAGAUUCAAGGCUGCCGGAAUCUUAUCCAGAUCACAUCACUAUUGAGCAUCAUCCAGAGAGUGUUUCAAGUCGUAUUGGGGAGCAGCGAUUUCUCUUUUGCCGAGCGAACGUCACUGAAGGAAAUCUCUUCUUCCAGUGGUUCCUUAACGGCCAAGAAAUCCCAGGAGCUACUCAAUCUAAGCUACACUUCCUACCGGUCAAACCUGAGGACAGGGGAAUGUACCAAUGUCGUAUUCAGAACGACCAUGUCUGCGUCUGGUCUAACCAAGCCAUGUUGGAGAUCAUUGGAGUUGAACAACCCACGUCUGAGUUCAAGUAUUCCGCUACGGAUAAAGUUGCAUUGUUGAUUGGCAACCAAGACUACCGCUCAGCCAAAAGGCUCAUAGCGCCCGAAUUAGAUGUAGAGAAACUCGCAGUGGUCCUUUCUGAACUCGACUUCAAAGUCAUCUCAUUGCUCAACUUGAACCUUCAAGAAAUGAACUUUGCCUUGAGUGCAUUCUGCGCUUUACUCAACAGUGGGGUAUACGGAUUAUUUUACUUCAGUGGACAUGGUUUUUCCAACGAUGGACAAAGUUAUAUGAUUCCAGUGGAUGCAGCGGCUGGCUACUCAACCCACGAAUGUAUCUGUGAUCAGCAUGUAUUAGAUCAAAUGCAGAAUAGAAAUACUGCAUUAAAUGUUAUACUCUUGGAUAUCUGCAGGGAAUAUAACACGUACCCACAACAAGAGGCUGCUAAAAGGUACACUCCAGACGUCAGGGGUAACACUGUUUUUGGUUACGCUGCCCAGACCAACACCAGGGCCUGGGAGGUAGAGGAGACACCUUAUGCCUUUUUCUCCAAAUACCUCAUUGAGCGAAUCAAAGAAAAGAAGAGAGUUACCCACAUGUUGGAAGAUGUAAUACAAGAUGUUUGUAAUGACCCUAAUCUGACUGAUAGGCGUCAGUAUCCAGCGAUCGCUCAAGAUCUGAGUGAAGCUCGUACCUUACUGGAUCCAAUUAAUCCAGCUGGGCACACUGAAGAAAUAAACAGUCGCAGCAGGUUAUGGGGCAGCGCUCAUUUGUUACCAGAAAUGCCGAUCUGGAUGGAGUUUAAAUACGGAGUAAUUGUCUGCAUCGAUAUUAAGACAAGGUUCUCCAAUGUGCUGGUCAUCUAUUCCUACAUUCCGAUCACAGGAAAUGCUACCAACUGUGCCGUCAAACUGGAGAAUUUCACUUCGGAACUUGACAUUAAGAUGGAAAACCAGGAUCAUGAGGGAAUGAAUCCUGGUUUCCAGAUGACAAAGACUACAGUACGAAACCUACAAAGGCUACGGGGUGACAUGGAAUCAACGGUUACCGUGGAAGGGGAGUACCAGGGAGAACGGUUUCAGCAAAAAGACACUUUGGUAGUCACCAAGCCUCUGGUGUCGAAGCUAUGGCAGACUGAGCGUUAUGCAGUACCCAGUGAAACACCAAGCGGAUAUUAAGCUGGUUCCCAAUUCUCGCUGAAUGACUAGUAGUACUAAUUAAUCGCACACAAAUUGGUACCAGACUAUUUUGGAAUUCAGCCUGUCUUUGGUUGUGUGCGUUUUAAUGGCACAUACAGGGCGAGUCAAGAAGGAGUUGACCGGGAUUAGUGAUGUUUUUCAAAACAAACAGUUGACACUCAAAAGUUCAGUAAAGCAUAUAAGUAACAAGCAAUCUCUCCUGCUUGUUAGAAAAAAAAGAACAAAAUAAGUUGAUCAUUCCUUAGAGGAGUUUUGUCUGUUUUAAUAAAGGUACUCAGUUUGCAAGCGUUCCCGGAAUACUUGACAAAACUUGUUUUACCCUUUGCCACUUACACAGAUGUUUAGAUUCAGUUUUAACUGAAUCUAAACAUAAGCAUUAAUAUACCAUGGACAAACAAUGAGUGCUUUCAGUUAAACAGGCAUAACUUCUCUAAGAAAUUAUCAAUUUGUUUCAUUCUUUUUUUUCUUCAGAUAAGCAGGAAAGAAUGUUGUUGAAUAGGUGUUUCAGUAGAGUGUCAGUUGUUUUGUUUGUCAAAUCAUAAAUCUUGGUCAUCUUCAUUUUGACUCGAGCUGUACAGCGAGGUCAUUGCAUCAUGGAACCCAAGUCAACAGAUCAAUGGCUGAAAACUCUUUAAAAGUGAAGUAAGAUAUUAAUUUGAUUGCCAAUAUAAAGAAUUGUAAGUCCAUUUUUUACACAAUAAAAUCUUGUAAAUAUCUUAAAGAACCAUCCCAUAUUCCCAGCAGAGUUACUUUCUGUUACAGUACAAAGAAGAAACAACCUAUAUUCUUAACUAUAUAAGUAUAUUUUUUAAACUUCAACAAUUAUUUUAAAAAAAUACUCAGGAUAUGUUUUAUGUUUUUUGUUUAACAAAUAUUGAACCGCAAGGGAAACUGACCGGGUAAAUUGUAAAUGGUUUGGGGUUGAACAAAGCAAAAAUUUACGAGAGCAGGAUUUACACCAACAAGGACCUCCGGAUUAAAGACACCGGACACUAUUGGUAAUUGUCAGAGACAAGUCUUCUCACUUGGUGCAUCUCAACAUAUGCAUAAAA